AUGGCGCCGCCGACGGGCGCGAUGGCGCCGCCGAUGGGCGCGAUGGCGCCGCCGAUGGGCGCGAUGGCGCCGCCUGUCGUGCCGGGUCCGCCGAUGGGAACCGCGGCGCCGCCGCCCGUCGUGCCGGGACCGCCGGCGAUGGGCGCGGCGCCGAUGAUGCAAGGGCAGAUGGGCGGCGGGUAUCCGCAGACGGGUGGGUACGGCGCGCAAUCUCAUUUUGUGGAAGAUUUCGCGUCGCUAAACCUCGGUCCAGGUGGGGCGAGCGGCGAGCCCGGGAUGGAUCCGGCGACGUUUCCACGGCCGGGCGACGACGAGCCGAGGCCGAAUAUGGAGCUCUCGUGCGAUCCGAAAUACAUGCGCUUGACGUGCGGAGUGCUUCCGUCGAACCCAAGUCUGAAGACACGGUUCGCCAUGCCGCUCGGAUGCAUCGUCCAUCCGCUCCGACCGGGCGACGAAAAGGAGGUGAAGACGGCGCACUUCGGGAGCUCGGGUAUCGUGCGCUGUCGUCGAUGCAGAACGUACAUCAACCCGUUCGUGCAGUUCACCGACGGCGGGCGGAGGUUUCGGUGUAACGUGUGCGCGCUACCGAACGAAGUGCCGGUGGAUUACUUUUGCACCCUGGAUGCGAACGGCGUGCGUAGAGACAUCGCCGAGCGGCCAGAGUUGAACAGCGGGACGGUCGAAUUUUUAGCCAGCCAAGAGUACAUGGUGCGACCACCGAUGCCUCCGUCUUUCUUCUUCGCCAUCGACGUUUCGCAUACGGCGGUGAAUAGUGGGUUUUUGAAGAAGACCGUGGAGACGAUCAAGGAGUCGCUCGAUGAAAUGUCCAAGAAGAGCGAGCGUACACAAGUGGGAUUCCUGUGCUACGACUCGACGCUCCACUUUUACAGCCUCAAAUCGUCCCAGACGCAGCCGCAGAUGAUGGUCGUCGCCGAACUUGACGAUCCUUUCGUGCCGAUGCCGGAUGAUUUGCUUGUGAACCUCGCGGAAUCGCGGCAGGUGAUCGACUCGUUCUUAGAUAUGGUGUGCGACACAUACGCGGCGACGCAAAACAUGGAGAGCUGCAUGGGUCCGGCGAUGCAGGCCGCGUUUUUGGCCAUGUCGCACCUCGGUGGUAAGCUUCUCGUGUUCCAAUCGUGUCUACCGACGCUUGGUGCCGGUCGAUUGGUGAACAGAGACGACACGCGAUCCAGCAUGGACUCGAGCAAGGAGCACUUACUUCGCGGCCCCGUUGAUGGUUUCUUCAAGAAGACUUCUGCGGAGUGCUCCAGGCUUCAGAUUUGCAUCGACAUUUACACGAUUGCAGCGCCAUUUUCGGACCUCGCGUCCAUGUCGGUGCUCUGCAAAUAUACGGGCGGCGAGAUGCGACACUACCCGGGUUUCACGCUCAUCAAGGAUGGCGUCAAAUACGGCAAAGAGUUGAAGAAUAAUCUCACGCGAUACACCGCAUGGGAGGCGGUGUGUCGCGUACGCUGCAGCCGCGGCUUUAGAAUCUGUGCCUUCAACGGUCACUUCUUCAUCCGAUCCAUGGACCUGUUAGCACUCCCGGCGACGGAUGGUGAUAAGGCGUACGGGGUGCACAUUGCUCACGACGAGGUUGUCCCAAGCACAAACAUCUCGUACCUACAGUGCGCCCUACUCUACACGUCUGCCGAGGGCGAGCGAAGGAUUCGAGUGCACACGAUGGCGGUGCCGGUCGUGACAGACAUUGCGGAAAUGUACAGAGCCGUAGAUAGUGGUGCGAUGGGAGCUUUCAUGGCUCGUCUGGGCGCCGAGCGCACGCUGAGCGUUCGAUUACAAGAUGCUCGUGAGGCUGUGAUGGCCAAGGUGGUGGCGACGCUGCGCGAGUACAAGUUAAUCAACACGCAAGUGUCGAGAGCGUAUAACAGACUUAUCUUCCCAGAGGCGAUGAAACUACUUCCGCUUUGGAUUUUUGCCGCUUUCAAGAGCACUGCGAUGCUUGGUGGGCCGAGAGACGUCCCCGUGGACGCUCGCAUUGCCUCUGUGUUUGACUUCAUGUCGGCAUCGACGGAAGAAAUUCUGAAAUUGCUCUACCCAACCAUGUACGCGCUGCACUCGAUGCCCCAGGAAGCGGGAAUGAAGGAUGAGUACGAUCGGGUGAUUUUGCCCCCGCGCACCGUCCUCGCAGGCGAGCGCAUCGAUGCGCGCGGCGCCUAUCUCGUGGAUGACGGCAGACGCCUGUUGCUCUGGCUGGGUAAGAUGCUCGAUCCGGGAUUCGUCGGCGACUUGUUCGGCCCGAGCGGUCCAUCGAGUGCAGAUGUCGACUGCAUCCUUCCAGUCCUUGACAACGCCCUCUCGCGCAAGGUGCGCGCUAUCGUCGACGACGCACGCGCCGAGGCCGGUCGCGCUCGUCACUUAGUCCUCACCUGCGUCAUCCAAGGCCACCCGAGCGAGACUCAGCUCUUCCCGUACCUGGUCGAAGAUAGAGGUGCCGCUAACGUCGUCGGCGCUCAAUCCUACGCCGAGUUCUUGAUCGAGCUCCAUCGCCAAGUGAGCGCGGUGCAGCGGUGA